AUGUCAGCAACUACUAAUUGGACAACAUCCAAAAAUGAAUUGAUCAAAUGGAUAAAUGAUACAUUUAAAGUAAUUAUUUAAUUGCAUUUAUAAGUUAACCAUUACUUAAUUAGAAGCACUUGGUACAGGUUGUAUAUUUUGUUAAAUUUUUGAAUACUUCUACCCUAAUUCAAUAUAACCAAAUAAAGUAGUUUGGAAAGCUAAUACUGAAGUAGAAUUUAUCAAAAACUUUAAGACACUUGCUGAAGCUUUUACAAAACUUAAUAUUUCAAAGACUUUUGAUGUAAAUUUUACUUCAAAUUAUAGAUUUAAAAUUUAUCAAAAGCAAGAUAUUAAGAUUUAUUAGAUUUAGCAAUAUUUUUCAAAACUAAAUAUGAUAAAUAAAUAGAGAAAAGAAUUGGAUAUGAUCCUAUAGAAUUUAGAAAAGUGGAAGAAAAGAAAAUAUUAAUAACUUAAAAUAGAAAACCUUUUAAUGUUUCUGCACUUAAAGAUAAAACUAAUCUUGAAGAUUCAAAGAUCUCACCUUAAUCUAUAUUAAUAAAAAGAUCAUCAUCAAAAGCUUAAAAUUAAAGAAGAGAAAAAGUGAGUAAUGAUUUAAUGAAAACACCAUAAUUAUCUUCAAUAACAGAAAUAGUUAAUAAUUUAGAAGAUGAUGAAGUAACAAAAGUUAAAAAAAUAAAAUAAUUGUUUAUUUGA